AAAGAAACAAUUAAAAAAAAGUGACAGAGAAUCAACAAUAUCAGAGAAAGAGAGAGGUGUAUAUGCUGUUUACUAAUUUGAUAUUUGUCUGAUUUUCUUUUCUUUGGAUUAAUAUAUUAUAUUAUAUUAAUUAUAUAGUAUAUUUCUUUUUUUAAUAUAUAAAAAAAAUUUCAAGAUAAUAAAAAGAUUUUUCAUUUCUGUCUUUCAUUGUUUUUUUUUUUUAAUAAAAACACUGGUCAGCUUUGUCUGUGCGAUUAGUGAAUGCUUAUGCUUCUGUCUAUCUAAUAGUCUUGUUCUUUAUUCUUUUAGAGAUUUAUUUCUGUUUUCUUUGGAGCAGACAUUUCCUGGUCUUUACUGAGGUUUGUUGGUUCUGUUUAUUAACUAAAAGAAAACCUUUUUUCUUUCAAACGAAGAAAAAAAAGAAAGACCAAGAUUACGUUCCUUGUUGUUGUUUAUCUAAAAUAGUUUUCACCAACUUGAUUACAUUUUUAACUCUUAAAAAUUCAAAAAAGGGGUUGUCAUUUUGGACCCUGUUCUUGUGAUCUAGCCUUUUCUCUCUCAACUGGGUUUAUUUUUCUAAGAGAAGUAAUUGUUAAAAUCUGGUUUCUUUUUCCAUUUUUUACCCUUUCCCCUUUUGGGUUUUGUUAAAGAUUAGAUUUCUUUUGGCGGGGGAAGUGGGAUUUGGGAGUGGUUGUUUUAAUGAAAAGUGGGUCUGGGUGUGGUUCUGAGAAUUUAGGGUUUUCUGAAAGGAGUAGAGGAUGGGAUUAGGCAGUGAAGAUGGGAACAGAGCAAAAGCAUCUUCUUGGGAAGUGUGCAAACCAAAGGGAAGGAAUAAAAAGAAGCAAGAUGUUAGUAAUAGCAGCGGUGGUGCUAGCCCUGGUGAUGUUGUAGAGGAGGCAGAGACAGGUUGUUGGUUCAAGUUCAGAUUUAUAGGAAGCUGCAUUUCUUCAAGAUCCAAAGUUGAUAGCUCCGUCAGUGGCACUAGUACUCACUGUGAAAGUAAAUCUACAAAUGAUACGAGCAGAGACCAGCCAACUGCUCCCACAAUCUCAUCUACAACUACAAGUAAUGCUGAAAGUAAUUCAUCCACUUCCAAACUUGAAGAGGAGCUUAAAAUUGCUUCUCGACUGCGAAAAUUCACAUUUAAUGAUCUUAAGUUGGCAACAAGAAAUUUCAGACCUGAGAGUCUUCUUGGCGAAGGUGGUUUUGGUUGUGUGUUCAAAGGGUGGAUUGAAGAGAAUGGAACUGCUCCGGUGAAACCCGGUACAGGGCUUACUGUUGCUGUUAAAACCCUUAAUCAUGAUGGGCUUCAGGGUCACAAAGAGUGGUUGGCCGAAGUGAAUUAUUUGGGUGAUCUUGUUCAUCCUAACUUGGUUAAGCUGAUCGGUUACUGCAUUGAAGAUGAUCAAAGGCUACUAGUAUAUGAGUUUAUGCCUCGAGGAAGCUUGGAGAACCACCUAUUUAGAAGAUCUCUGCCUCUUCCAUGGUCCAUAAGGAUGAAAAUUGCGCUAGGUGCUGCAAAGGGUCUUGCCUUUCUUCAUGAAGAAGCAGAGAGGCCAGUCAUAUAUCGUGAUUUUAAAACCUCUAAUAUCCUAUUAGAUGCGGAUUAUAAUGCCAAGCUUUCUGAUUUUGGACUCGCCAAAGACGGUCCUGAGGGAGAUAAGACCCAUGUAUCUACUCGCGUGAUGGGAACAUAUGGCUAUGCAGCCCCUGAAUAUGUGAUGACUGGGCAUCUCACAUCAAGGAGUGAUGUCUACAGUUUUGGUGUGGUUUUACUGGAAAUGAUAACGGGUAGAAGAUCUAUGGAUAAGAACCGACCCAUUGGAGAACACAACCUUGUGGAAUGGGCUCGACCUCAUCUAGGAGAGAGAAGAAGAUUCUACAGAUUGAUAGACCCUCGGCUUGAAGGCCACUUUUCUAUUAAAGGUGCUCAGAAAGCAGCACAACUGGCUGCUCACUGCCUCAGCCGAGAUCCCAAAGCCAGGCCCCUGAUGAGUGAAGUUGUGGAGGUGCUCAAACCUCUACCCAAUCUUAAGGACAUGGCAAGCUCAUCUUAUUAUUUUCAGUCCAUGCAAGCUGACAAAAUAGCAUCCAGCCCAAAUGCCAAAAGUAGCAACCGAACACAAGGAGGAUUAUUGAGGAACGGACAGCAACAAAGGAGCCUUUCAAUACCAAAUGGUUCCCACGCGUCUCCUUACCACCAUCAAUACCCCUUUCAAUCCCCGAAACCCAAUGGGAAACAGUAGCACAGGGUCAGUAAUCAUCUGCAUUUCACGCCCCUUUUCAACAUUCAUUUCUUUUUCCCCAUGUUCCCAGCAUAGAUGUCUCUUCUGUGAAAGCAAUUGUUCUUGGACAUAGGAAAAUGCAACAGAGGAACAUGUCUGCUCUAUGUUGUGUUUAGAAUGAUGCCAUCCUGGCAGGGGUAGAAUGUUAGGCAGGUGAAGCUUAUAGAGCGAAAUGUCUGUCAGCCAUAUGGGUACUACAGAAUGUCUUGAGAUGUUUAAGAUUUUUAGCUCAUUAUAACAUUUUAUCCCUUUCCACCAACUGUCGUCCUCUUUGUAUAAAUCUGAAAUUUAACUGAGA